CGGGCUGGGCUGCCACUCGCACGUUCGAACUUACAUAGGUAUUUGACAUUCCGGCAGAGUUGACGGCGCGAAACGGUCGCGUCAGCUGCUAUAAUUUUCUUUCGUGCCCAUGCCAUAAGCGUUAGAAAAGUUUACUUUUGAGCGUGUUGUGUUUUUAAUGUCGCACCUGUGUCGUAUUUCUGGAAUUCAAUCAAUAAAAGUGGCCCGUGAAGUUUUGACCAUGUGAUUCGCGUGGAAACAUCUAUAUUAUGUUUACAAUUACGGCGCGUAUGGUUGAAAUCAAAAUGAAGCAGUGUUUUUAAAAUUUUGUAGUGUUCGUAGCAACAGUGAUCGUAACCUUUGGAAUGUGCAUUAUAGCUUUGUUUUAACUGAAGCUGAACACUCACAAAUAGCAGUUCGUUGAAAUUUCGGUGUAAUGGAAUAAAUUGUUGAUUUAUUAUUCGAGAACCCACUAACGUUAAUAAAUUAAUCAAGGUUAAAGAAUCGAAAAUGCCGAACAACUAUAUUCAUUGGAUGCAUAUUGCUGUGACCGGGUUUGUAAUCUUGGUCUCGAGCGUGAAAGCAGAUACUGAUUGUUCAGAUACACAAACAUCGAUCGGCCCGCUUAUAUCUCCAUGUCGAAGUGAAUUUAUAUUGCAGAAGGGACAAAAUUUUACAAUAAAAUGUAAGGGAAAAACUGAAAUACAAUUUAAACAACAAGAACCGCCAGAAGAAAAAUAUGGACCAUUUAAUAUGACACAAAGCAUGGUGACAACUUCAGACAUUGACUAUCCGUUUGAAUCUACUUUAAAUUUGUUUAACGUUGACCGAUUUGCUAUAGGAUACUAUGCAUGUCACGAUAAUACACUGAAUAUAAGUAAUAUAUUGAAUAAUCUCAUAGAAGAGCCCGGUAAUAAUGAACACGCAGCAUUCUUUUACAUCUAUGUUGAGGGCACAGAGAGCAUCUUUGCACCGAUGAGAGAGCUGGUCUUGGCCAGAUGCUGUUCUAAGAUUGUUAUUGAAUGUAGACCUUCAACACCAGAUGUUAAAGUGGAACUAUUGUCGGAUAUUACAGAUAUUAAUCAGUUUAGUCCCAAACUUGGGUUUACAAUCGAUAGUGAUACAUUGUCGGAUGAAAUAAUAGCCAUGUUCAUUUGCGAAUUUGCGAAACAAGACAGGAAGAUAACAAAAGAGGUUUACGUACGAAAACUUACGAAGACUCCGCCAGACCCAAAAAUUAUUGGUGGUGAGAAGAGAUUUGUUAAAGGUGAAACUUUUACCAUUAACUGCACUGUUGAGUAUACAACAUCUCUGUCAGUCAAUUUGAUUAUCAAUCAUGAAAAUGGAAACGUAAUCAAUGAAAUCAUAAAUACGAAUUCGUACGAAGUUACAAAUGGGAUAUUAUUCUACAAUUUAACAGUGGUAAAUGCUACUAAGGCAAAUGCUGGUACAUAUGUGUGCGUGUCUAAAAAUAGCUGCGGUAAUAAGACGAGUUCUUUUAAAAAGGUAUACGUGGACAAACCUUACAUAAAACUGGUUAAAGGAAAUACGGAUCCUAUAAUAUUGACAAAACAACCAUCGCUAACGCUUCAAGGUGAAUGCAACGCGUAUCCUCCCGUGAAAUUUUCUUUUUUUAAGAACGGCGUAGAAAUAUUUGAAGGUGAAAAAUAUAUUUUAGAUAUACGCAGUGAUACUCAUGAUGCAACUUUAAAAAUAAAAGAUUUAAAUCUACACGAUAUCGCAAACUACACCAUAAAGGCCCAAAAUAACUUCAACGAGUCAUCGAAUGUUACUUUCGAUGUGCGAGUUCAAACGCCACCGACCGUUUACUUUGGGGGAAUCAAAAAAGUUUUGUUAAACACACAAGUGAGUUUGGAUUGUAAGGUUACCGGUUAUCCUCUACCUGAAGUAACUUGGAUAUUUUCUAACGGAGAAAAAGAAAUUGAAUUGCCGAGUACAAAUGUUGUGAGUUAUAUGUACAACGGAACGUCAUAUCUCGACACCACAGUGACUGCAUCUGGAAAUUUGACUUGCAAAGCUAAAAACACACAAGGCGAAUCUUCGAAAAGCCUUUCGAUUAUAGUUUAUGAAAUUCAUGAUGGUUUCGGCAUUACAGAAAAUAACGAUAUGUGGUUUUCAGAAAAUGAUAAUGUUGCUAUAAAAUGUUUGGCGUCAAUAUACGAUUUUCAAAACGUAACUUGGUUAGGAAGCGAUGGCAGUAUAGCAGAAAGUAUAGUUCAAUAUACAGACACCAUAUUUUCGCAUGUUGCGAUAUUGAAAAUAGACGAUAUUGAUGUGUAUCACUCUGGCAAUUAUACAUGUCGAGGCAUUACAAAUAAAGGAGAGGAGAAGACACAAACAAUCCAGGUUAAAGUAGAGGCGUUACGAUCACCUACUAUAAAUGAGCCCGAAUACGAUGUAAACGAAGAAUUGUACCCAUCUAUUCCUAUCCAAUUUCAUUGCCAAGCCGACGCCGUGCCUCCUCCAAAAAUCGAGUGGUAUAAGGAUGGAGAUUUGUUGGUUAAUGACACGAGUAAAGUAAUCAUUUACGAAACCCAAUUAAACCGGACAAGUCUUAAUUCGACAAUCGUGUUGGGAAAUAUGAAAGAUGAGAAGAAGGGCAAAUACGAAUGUGUGGCAAUCAGCAAUAGUGAAGAAGAAAGGCGAUCGUACACGCUUUUACUGAAAACAGGAGAAGCAUACGCAACGUAUUUAAGCGUCAUUGCAGUAAUAUUCUUUUGCCUUAUAUUACUAGUAGUAUAUCUUACGUGGAAAAUAAAGAAGGAAAAACAGUUUAGAAAGGAAUUGGCAGCUGCUGGUCUAUUGUACUUUAAGGAAGGAGUUACAAAGUCUUUGAACCCUGACCUCGGGAUCGACGAGCAAGCUGAAUUAUUGCCAUACGAUGAGAAAUUUGAAUUCCCUUCUGACAAAUUAGUUCUCGGAAAGCAAUUAGGUGCAGGAGCAUUCGGCGUGGUAUAUAAAGCCGAUGCCCGUGGUAUAAUUAAUGCAGAGGAAACAACACCAGUCGCCGUAAAGAUGGUGAAAAAGACUGCAGACAACAUGUACAUUAAGGCAUUGGCUUCAGAGCUCAAAAUAAUGGUUCACCUGGGUAAACACGUGAAUAUCGUCAAUUUGCUCGGAGCUUGCACGAAGAAUGUUGGCAAGCGCGAAUUAAUUGUUAUCGUAGAAUACUGCAAGUUUGGCAACAUACAUAAUUAUAUGCAAAGGCAUAGAGAAGUAUUCAUAGAUCAACUUACUGAUAAUGUUGAAAAGAAUCUCGGAAAAAUUAACAGAGGCUUUACGUAUACUGGAAGUGUGGGCGCACAAUCGGACUACUUCAGUUCAGCGAAUACCCAAGAAACAGAUCAUACAUUCCUGAACACGGAAAAUACAAACAGAUCGACGAGAAAAGAUAACCCAAGUCGGCCGGUGGAAAUGAAACAAGUGUCGGAAGGCUACGUGCAGCCGGAAUGGCGAUCGAACUAUGAAAGUGACUACAGUUACGACGGCCGCACUCCGCGGCCUCUCACGUCACGUGAUCUUCUCGCCUGGGCGUUCCAGAUUGCCCGGGGAAUGGAAUACCUUGCUAGUAGAAAGGUUCUACACGGAGAUUUGGCAGCAAGAAAUGUUCUUCUAGCCGACGACAACAUCGUGAAGAUUUGUGACUUCGGCUUAGCUAGGAGCAUUUAUAAGAACGAUGAGUAUCAGAAGAAAGAAAACAGUCCGCUACCGGUGAAAUGGUUGGCAAUAGAGUGCAUGACCGACAGGAUAUUCUCCACACAGUCGGACGUGUGGUCCUUCGGGAUCGUGCUCUGGGAGUUGUUCUCCCUCGCUAAGACACCGUACCCCAACAUAAGCCCUUCGAACUUACUGCAGUGGCUUUCUGAGGGGAACCGUCUUGAAAAGCCACCAUAUGCAGACGAUCGUAUAUACGACGUGAUGAUGCGGUGUUGGCAACAGAAGCCAACAGCUCGGCCAUCAUUCACUGAGCUGCAAGAGAUUCUCGGCACGUUCUUAGAGGAUAACGUACGAAACCACUACGUAGAUUUAAAUUCAGCGUACAUGGACUUGAACGCCAGACAGGUUGGCCAGGAAGACUACUUGGCUAUGAUGUGUUCGCCAGAUUACAACAAUCUGGUGACACCGAGCCCACACCACUACGUCAACAUGACGAGGAGUUUCUUCCCGCCGACGCCAACACCACUUGACGAGGAGGGGUAUCUUCAAAUGAGUCCAGCUAAGCGAGAGAUCUUCAGCCCUCGGGCGCAAGGUACGACGUUCGACUUCGACGCGAGGAAAUUCAACCCACGGGUUUCGGAGGCGAGCAGCGGGGGAUCGGAACUCACUCCCAUGUUGACACUCAACAACCUUCCCGCGAGGAGUGGCUCGGAGUCUGAGGCGGAGGGAGCGUCGCCGCAGCUCGGCACGUGUCCGCGCAUAGACGAAGAAGUCGACGACGUGUUCCACACCGACACCAACAAGAACCACAACACCGCUGUCACCAACCCCACGUACAUCACGUUCGACGUCGACGCCGAAAAGAAGCCUCACGAUCUAAACAGCUACGUCAACAUUAAUGUCGCAGUACCCAACGGUCUAGUCAAGUAGAUUCUCUGUCGUUUAUUGUGUACGUGUAUUCUAUUACUAUUACCAAGUCGCUUUAUAUUCGUUUUAUGUUACUCGAUGAUCUCUUCCUCUUGUUUGUUUACUGUCUGAUUAGUACAUUUUCCAAUCUGUUUUCCUCAAUCUACUUCACUCAUUUCUGUGUAUUGUAUCUUUUCAUUUAUCAUACAGAUUUAAAUCAAAUGUAGUACUAAUAAAAUCGUUCGUACCAAAAACGAUGGCCGUCAAAUGACUACACACGUGAUAUUUUGUGUGUCAUGUAAUGUACAAAAUGUGAUAUUUUGUUAGAAUAUUAUUCAUAAAAAUAUAGCCGGUACGCUAUACAAACCCCACCAUUUUAGACAUUAUUGUAAAUAUAUUUAAUUUUUCUUUUCAUAAUCAUUCCUCAUUGUAUAAUAUUUUCAGUGAGUUAACAAAGCGUGCAUUAAUCUUAGAAACAUAAUAGUACUAAGUUUAUUAUAUUUCUUAAUGUUACACCAAUGUUCGGGCAAUUUUUAGUGCCGCCAGUACAAAUUGCAAGAACCGUCAUCUGUUUGUUUUCCUGUUUACUCUAAACCUUACAUUAUAGAGUAGCCAACAGAGUACCUUCUAAAUUACCAAACAGAUACGUAUUGCAUUAUAUGGUUUAGUUGAUUUGACGUAUUUCAAAUGAGAAUUGCGCAUUUAUUUUGCUACAUGUAAACGUUUAUGUAAGGGUCCAAAAAAUUAAAAGAAACUAAAUUACUGUGAGUACAAUCUAUAUUAUGAGCACGAACGAUUCUUACAAACAUUUGGUACCACAAUAUACGGUUUUUGUUUAAACACAAAUUAUAAUUUAAUAUGUGUGUUACGAAAACCAUUUUUGAUAAUACCCAUGUUUAUAAUAUGUAUUCAUUUAGUGUUCAGUCAAUAAUCCUAGUCGUCGGUGUUACAGAUUAAUAUAUUUUUGUUAUUAAGAAAACAAAAUGGAUUAUGGUUUAAGGGCUUUGCGACGAGUUAUUGUUUUAGAUGUUAUAUCUAUAUUUCUAUUGUAUCGCACAGGUACGAGAUUAAGUAUAGUAAAUAUAUUAAUGUGAUAUUAAAAAUCUC